AUGGCGAAGGACUUAAAAAAUAAACAUAGUUUGAACAUGUUAGGUUUGAUUGAGACUAAAAGACAGGUAGUGAUGAGAUUUGACAUUGCAAGAAUUUGGAGAAAUGAUGGUGUAGGGUGGGAAUAUGUAGGCUCUGAAGGUGCAUCUGGUGGACUCUGUGCUAUUGUCCUGGUCUAUGGUGCGCAUAGUAGAGAUGAGAAGAGUCAUAUGUGGGAGGAGUUGAGUUACGUUGCUGGGUUAUGUCAGGUUCCUUGUUGUUUCAUGGGAGACUUUAACGAGAUAGUACAUGUGGAGGAACAGAAAGGUACUACUAGUCUACCUCUGUCUGCUGAAGAUUUCAAGAAUUGGAUACAAGAUAUGCACAUAGUGGACUUACCGCUCACCGAUUCUCGUAUUGAUAGAGCCCUGGUUAGUUUGAAAUGGCUGGAAAAGUUUCCAGAGACUCAGUUAAGAGGUGGCCUAAGGGAUUUGUCAGAUCAUUGUCCUUUAAUAGUGGAAGAGAAAACUCUGAGGGGAGGUCCUAGACUGUUCCGUAGUCUAGACUCGUGGUUUACACAUGAAGGUUUUAUUAGAAUAGUUAAGGAGAAAUGGAGAGGUUUAGGGGAGAUGCAGUUCACAGAUAAAUUGAAGGCAUUGACGGUUCCAUUGGGGAGAUGGCAUAAGGCCAACUUUGGUGAUAUAGACAAGAAGAUUUUGAAGCUUGAAGAGGAGAUCAAGAAGAUUGAUGAUAUGAUGUCCCGGUCUCGACAAGCGAAGGACAUGGACAAAAAUACAAGAUAUUUUCACAAUAUAACUUCAGCAAGAAGGAGGAAUAAUAAGGUUGAUGCUCUGGUAGUUAAUGGCAGAGUGGUGAGGAAUCAAGCUAGAAUAAAAAUAGCUAUUAGAGAGUUUUACAGAGAUUUGUAUCAUCAGGAAGUUUCACCUAUGGUGGGGUUGAGAGAUGGUCUGGUGGAGAUGAUAACUGAGGAAGACGCUGGGACCUUGAUGGCGAUGCCAUCGGCUGAGGAGAUUAGAGAGGCAGUGUGGGAUUGA